AUGGCAACCUUUGCGGAGCUCAGUACUAAGGCCAAGAUGCCCAUCUUGGGCCUGGGCACCUGGAAGGAAUUAUUAAGCAAAGUCAGAGAGGCUGUGAAGGUGGCCACUGACGUAGGAUAUCGCCACUUGGACUGUGCUUAUGCCUACGAGAACGAGCAUGAGGUGGGGCAAGCCAUCCAAGAGAAGAUCCGAGAGAAAGUUGUGAAGCAGGAGGUGGGAGGACUGCACUUCAAGUUGUGGCCCACCUUCUUGGAGAAGCAUCUAGUGAGGGAAGCCUGUCAGAAGACCCUCAAGGAUUUGAAACUGGACUAUCUGGACCUCUAUCUUAUUCACUGUUCAAUAGAAACCUUCUUGAACACCCUGAAGCAGACGGGAGAAAAAAAGUGUAAUGAUGUCAAGAUGUAUCAUACACCCACCUAUACCUUCUCUAUGGCCAUGGAGGAACUGGUGGACGAGGGGCUGGUGAAAAACAUUGGGAUCUCCAACUUCAACCACUUCCAGAUCGAAAGGCUCUUGAACAAACCUAGACUGACAUACAAACCAGUCAGUCAUCAGACUGAGUGUCACCCAUUCCUCAGGCAGGAGAAACUGAUCCAGUACUGCCAGUCCAAGGGCAUCACUGUCAUGGCUUACAGCCCUCUGGGCUCUCCAGAUAGACCUGGUGGGGAAAAUAUGGACUCUUCCCUACUGGAGGAUCCCAAGAUUAAGGAGAUUGCUGCAAAGCACAAAAAAUCCACAGCCCAGGUUCUGAUCCGGUUCCAUAUCAGUAGGAACGUGGUCGUAAUUCCCAAGUCUGUGAUGCCAGCACGCAUCGCUGAGAACUUUCAGCGCCUUGCCAUCUCUCAGGCCAGGGAGCUGACCUCAGAGCUGAGAUGA